GCAACUUCUGUAGGGUUAAGGAAUCGCCUCAUACUAACAGUAGAGAUAAUAGAUGCACUUCUCUUUCAUUUUUUCUCUUCAGGCCCUACGUAGACUUUCUGAAGUGCGCUGUUUGACAGGAGGGGCCCCUUCUCUUCCUUUGCUCCUAUUUAUCAAUCCUCCCUCAGCAUUAUACGAUUGAAGAGGACAAUCUUAAAGAGGAACUGGAGGAACCAGCACCUCUUCAGAUUAAAGAGGAACAGAAGGAACACGGACCUACAUGGAUUAAAGAGCAGGAGGAACAAGAAUUUACAAAGAUAAAGGAAGAACCACGACAGUUCAGAACUCACACAGGAGAGAGGCCUUUUUUGUGUAAAGAAUGUGAUAAAAGUUUUGAUCAAGAAUCAAAUCUUAAAACACACAUGGGAACUCAUACAGGAGAAAUGCCUUUUUUGUGCAUGGAAUGUGAUAAAAGUUUUAGUCAAUUGCACAUUCUUAAGAAACACAUGAGAACUCAUACAGGAGAGAGGCCAUUUUCUUGUAAAGAAUGUCUCAGAAGCUUUGCUUGCAUAUCUAAUCUCAAAUCACACAUGAGAACUCAUAGAGAAAGGAAGGUUUCUUUGUGUAAAGAAUGUGAUAAAAGUUUUGGUCGAGAAUCUAAAUUUAAAAGACACAUGAGAACUCAUACAGGAGAGAAGCCAUUUUCUUGUAAAGAAUGUCUCAGAAGCUUUGCUUGCAUAUCUAAUCUCAAAUCACACAUGAGAACUCACACAGGAAGGAGGCCUUUUUUGUGUAAAGAAUGUGAUAAAAGUUUUGGUCGAGAAUCUAAUCUUAAAGCACACAUGAGAACUCAUACAGGAGAGAAGCCUUUUUUGUGCAUGGAAUGUGAUAAAGGUUUUAGUCAAAAAUCUCAUCUCACAAGACACAAGAGAACUCAUGAAGUUAAAAUAAAUUAUAAAAAUAUUUAGGAAAACAAAUAAUGAAGAAUUAAGUAAAAAAAGUGAAUAAAUACCAUGUUUAUAACUCCUCAGGACCCACACUAAUCUACCAAAUUCUAUCAAAUUCCUCUGACCUGAACCCAAUAAAAAUAUCUAUGAACUGUGAAGAGGAAGAUGAGACAGCAGACACAACAAUGAAGAUGACCUGAAGUCAGCUAUCAAAUCAACCUGAGCUUUCAUGACAUGAACACAGAGCCACAGGCUGAUGGCCUCCAUACCACAUUGAUGCAGUCAUUCAAUGAAAAGGAGGAACAAGUGAUUAUUGAAUCCAGAGAAAAGAACAGUUUUAUGAAACCUAACGUGUGCUGAAAACAUCCUUUUUGAAUAUUUGGAUAUGAUAUUCUAUUUUUCUAAGACAAUAUUUUUAGGUGUUUAUCAUCUAUAAGUCACUAUGAUCACCUUGCUCAAAAUAAAGGAUUGAUGCAUUUCAUUGUGUAAUGUUUCUAUAAUCAUGAAUUUUACUUAUUGAACUGAUUAACAGAAAAUAUUAAACUUGUCAUUGAAAUUAACUUGUACAUACACACACCUAUACAUUCCUGUUUGUAUUAUUGUUUUUAUAUGGACAUUUUUGAUGAAGUUCACGUUUUGUUGGUUGAUUUUUAUUAGUAGAUUUUUGUACUUUUAUGAUAUUAUUAGGUUAACCAUUGUGGUUGUAGUUUAUGCUGAUACAAUGUUGUCUUAAGUCUGCUUGUUACCAUGACAACACUAACAUUAUUUUUAUAUAUCUCUCAUGCUAACAACUUUCAUGUGAUUUGGGAACAUUUCAUUAUUCUCUAAAUAUAAAAUAAUUCUAGUUUAUAUUUUGUUGGGUCAUGUUAGCAUAUAAGUUUUGUGAAGGAAAGUUUUAGUAAAAAUGUAUUGAGGAAGAGAUGGAUAAUAAAAGCCUGUCAUUUCUGUCUUGUGUUCUUGUGAUUCCUGUUUUUAUUUCUUUCAAGUUUAAGUAAGCAAAUGGGUUUUAAGAAGUGUUUUAAAAAUGGACAGUGAGGACGCCUGCCGAAUGCUCAGUGGUAAAGCGUUCCACAGCUU